AUGUCAAACACAGUGAAUGACCAGCUUGAUCUUAAAGUUGUUAAAGCUCGUAGGAUAAUUGAAUUCCUACAGGACGACCUGAAUUGGCUGAUGCAAGACCAGAGAUCCAUUGCUCCAUUUUUUGGUUUUAACAAGACGAAAAUGAUAUCCCUUUGCAAAGAUCUUACAUUCCUGAUGUCUUUCCUGGAAAGGGUUCAAGAAACUUCCGUUGGUGACCGUCCAACUGUUGCAGGUUUGCUCAAUGAGAUUACACCUUUGGUUGAUAAACUAUUAGAUGAGAUUGGUAAUUUGUUGAAGAAGGUUAAGUCUGUGGAGCAAGAGGUUUUGGUUACUUUCAACUGCAAUGGUGCCAUUGAUAAAGUUGGAAAGCCUUCUGUUAAAAUUUCAUUGAUACACAACCCCAGUUUUGUUAUCAAGGAAAAGAUAGUGGUUGGACUUCAUGAGGAGGCAAGAGAACUGCUACACAAGCUUAUUGGUGGGAGAAAGCAAUUGGAAGUGAUUUGCAUCACUGGGAUGGGAGGAAUCGGUAAGACAACUUUGGCAUGUAGAUUGUAUGAUGAUCCAUCUGUUGUUAAUCAUUUUCAUUUGCGUGCAUGGACAUCAGUUUCUCAGUUCUAUGAAAAGAGAGAGUUAUUCUCUGAUAUUUUAAGUUCCAUCUUGAAUGAAAGUGAUCCAAUAUUUUCCACGAGUGAUGAGCACAUGGGAGAGAAGUUGUAUAAGUGCCUAAAGGGAAACAGAUAUUUGAUUGUGCUAGAUGACAUUUGGGAUAUUGAAGCGUGGAAUGAGAUAAAGGUCUGUUUUCCAGAGGAUGACAAUUGUAGCAGAAUUUUGAUGACUACUCGAAAUGAGGAUGUGGCUUCAAAAGUUAGAAUUAGUAGUAGUCCCCCUCACCGUUUGAGGUUUUUAACUCAUGAUGAAAGUUGGGACCUUUUCAAGCAGAAGGUAUUUCCUGAUAAGAGCUUCCCUAUUGAGUUGGUUGAAAUAGGGAAUCAAAUCGUUGCAGACUGUAAGGGCCUGCCUCUUGCAAUUGUUGUUAUCGGUGGACUUCUUGUGAAGGAGGUCAAGACACAAGAAUGGUGGAGACAGGUUGCUCAAAAUAUAGGAUCUGCUAUUAGUAAUGGCCCAGAGAAUAUCCAGGAUAUACUAGCAUUGAGUUAUGAACACUUGCCAUCUUCACUGAAAUCUUGUUUUCUUUAUGCUGGAUCAUUUCCUGAAGAUUAUGAAAUCCCUGUGAAGAGGUUGAUAAGAUCUUGGAUUGCUGAAGGGUUUAUUCAGCACACUGAUGAACAGCAGUUGGAGGAUGUGUUACCUGAAGAAGUCAAAAAGAAUAAGAAGUUGGAAGAUGCGGCAGAGGAUCAUCUGAUAGAUCUCAUCAGCAGGAGCCUUCUCAUAGUCGAAAAGAAAAGACCUGAUGGUGGAAUAAAGUCUUGUCGUAUGCAUGAUCUGUUGAGAGAUUUAUGCCACAGGAGGGUUAAGGAAAAGAAGUUUCUGCAGCCCAUUUGCAAGUGUAGACAAAAUGGUGCUCACAAUCCUCGUACAUUUUCUGAUUGUCAAUAUUUCCACUUCUAUAAUUCUCAUUUUGUCAAUGAAGGAGAAGUGUUUAACAAAGAUACAUUGCCAGUAUAUAAACUUCUAAAAACACUGGAUAUGAGGCAUAUCAAUCUAGAUUCAUUUCCUAAGAUGGUAGCACGGUUACUUCAUUUGAAGUACUUGGCACUUCGGGUUGACCGCAUUAAGAAGUUACCGCAAUCAAUAUUUGAACUCUGGAGGCUUGAGACUUUCAUCCUUGAUGGAGAUAAAGGAGGAAGAGUUACCUUAACUGUUCACAUUCUGAAGAUGGUGAACUUGAGACAUUUACAAAUUUCACAAGAAUUGGUACUUCAACAAUUUUGGAGGGCAUUAUCACGGGAGUUACACAUGAGUUCUGAAAACGGACCGGCCCUUCUUCCACUCAUACUGGGCAAGUUGCAGACCAUUUCUGAGCUGUGUUCUCUAAAUUCUGUAGAAAACUUGCUUGCAAGCACUCCCAACCUCAGAAAAUUAGGAUUUCGUUUUACAUUAUCUAAGAGAAAUGAGUCCUUUUCAUUUCCCAAUCUUUCUGGUUUGAAUCAGCUUGAGGCACUGAAAUUUGAAUAUCAAACUUUGGGCAUGGUGCCUCUAGGCAUUCCUCAUCCCGAGAUGUUCCCUCCAAGUUUGAAGAAGAUGACACUAAUAGGUAGUCAUUUGAACUGGAAAGAAAUGUCAAUUAUAGGGGAGCUACCUAACUUGGAGGUUCUCAAGAUAAAAGACAAUUUCUUCAGCGGACCAUUGUGGGAAACAAGCGAUGACGGUUUUGGCAGCCUCAAGUUUUUGAAACUCUCGCAUUUGGAUCUUCAAAACUGGAUUUCCUAUAGUGGUCAUUUCCCUAGGCUAGAGUGGCUAGUGAUAAAUGGAUGUCUAGAUUUGGAGGUUAUUCCAUCUGAGAUGGGAGAGAUCCCUACACUGCAGAAAAUCGAGGUGUAUCGAUCGUCUAACUCUGCAGUGGAAUCAGCAGGACAAAUCCAAGAAUCACAGAGGUCUUCGAUAUAUAGUAAUCUGAUUCACAGUGUUUCUUACAAUAAGAAGUGA